UCUCUUGAUACCGUUCGCUCUUCUGGUAUGGGAGGCGGCUGCCGGAGCCUCAACGGAUUGAGUUUUGUAUACCAUCUUGUUUUUCUUUGAGCCAAUGCAGUUGUGUUGUGCCUUUCUUCAAUUUUAUCGCUGGUUACAGAGCCGGCUGUGCUACUGGAAGCAUUUUGCGAAUCCUUCUCAUCGCUCGACCCGACGAAUACCCUUGCAAGUGGUACAGGCUCGGAUGAUACCAAGGAAGACUGCUGCUCCAAGCGUGAUUGCGUUUCCACAUCUUUGUCAUGUCCUGAAGCGGCCAUGCUGGCUGUGCUUCACUGCUCAUGCAGUGUCACCUUUCGCAGGAAAAAUGAGUUGCUGUGGGCCGAUGACGUCAGGACAAACAGCAUCAUAAACCAUUCAGAACAGUCUUAUAGAAUCAAUAUCAGAGGAAAGGGUGACAGAGUUAUGCCGCUGUUAUUGCUGACAAAAUAUGCCCCCGGACGCGCAUAACUUGGGGCCGACUUUGCCGACCAAACCCAAGGUUAUGCGCGGUGCGGUUCCACUCUUUUCGCUAACGAUCUGUCCCCCAUCUGCCACGAAUUUCGGUGUAGCGCCCCAAUGGCUUCAAGGCAGGAUGACUGCUACCAGCAAGGGGCCGGGGCUGUGGCGAUUUUUCCCAUUGCGCAGCCUGGCCCAUGGGACACCAUCCCAAAUAUCCAAAAGAACGAGUUCUCGGAUCGUCGUUAAGCGUCCACUGCCCGGUCAAACUGCUCCUACAAUAUCUCUAUAGCGCGGGGGUUCGAACGGACAUGACGACGGGCGACGGAGCGACGGACGUGUUGCUUUUCUAUGAGGUAACAAACCUGGUUUCAGAGAAAGGAGAGCGGAGGGUUCCAUGUGGAGUUUGGCUUGAUAAGCAAGUAUUGCGAUUGGGUCACCGAUUGCUCAUUGACCCAGCGCUAGUUAGCCGACCCUGAAGCGUUGCUCAUACUCUGUACUCCGUAAUCCGGUCGAAAAGACGGAAGGAGGAAGCUGGCAUGGUU